GUUCGGAUAGGCCCGCCCGCACGGGCCCGUUUUGUUUGAAAGGAGUUUGUGUCAUGGACUGUUGUUUUAGGAGAAAGGUCGACCUGGCUUUGUAAUAACUCUGCUCAGGAAAGGGGGGGAAAGGGAUACAAACAUGGUGCUUUAUGAAAGACAGGAAACAGCCACGCCCAAACCCAGAAUGAUUGAAGACUGCGGGCAGAGCGUUGACACCAUGGCAGAUAGAAGGCAACUGUUGGUGGAGAUGAGGGCUCAGGAUUUGGAUUCUAUACGACUGUCAACGUACAGAACGGCCUGCAAACUCAGAUUUGUGCAGAAGAAAUGCAACUUGCAUUUGGUCGACAUUUGGAACGUCAUCGAGGCUUUCCGGGAGAACGGCCUCAACGCCAUGGACCUCAACGCUGAGCUUUCCGUGGCUCGUCUAGAAGUUGUGCUGUCCACUAUCUUCUACCAGCUGAACAAGCGCAUGCCCACCACGCAUCAGAUAAACGUGGAACAGUCCAUCAGCCUGCUGCUCAACUUCCUGCUGGCAGCCUAUGACCCGGAGGGCCACGGCAAGACAUCUAUCUUUGUUGUGAAAAUGGCCCUCGCAACCAUCUGUGGUGGGAAAAUUCUGGAUAAAUUAAGAUAUAUUUUUUCACUCAUAUCAGAUUCUGCUGGAAUAAUGGUGCACUCGCAAUUUGACCAGUUUCUGAGGGAGGCUCUUAAAUUGCCCAUGGCGGUUUUCGAGGGACCCUCGUUUGGUUACACCGAGCAAGCUGCGAGAACGUGCUUUGCGCAGCAGAAAAAGGUCUCCCUCAACACAUUCCUCGAUACGUUGAUGUCAGACCCGCCCCCUCAGUGUCUGGUGUGGCUGCCGCUCAUGCACCGCCUCGCCAACGUGGAGAACGUGUUUCACCCGGUCGAGUGCUCCUACUGCCAUACUGAGAGUAUGAUGGGCUUCCGCUACCGCUGCCAGCAAUGUCAUAAUUACCAGCUCUGUCAGGACUGCUUCUGGAGGGGGCAUGCCAGCGGUUCCCAUAGCAACCAGCACCAAAUGAAGGAGUAUACGUCAUGGAAAUCCCCCGCUAAGAAGUUAUCCCACGCCCUCAGUAAGUCAUUGAGCUGUGCAUCCAGCAGAGAGCCUCUUCACCCCUUGUUUCCUGAAAUGCCAGAUAAACCUCUCAACCUAGCUCAUAUUGUAGAUACGUGGCCACCAAGACCGGUGAACAUCACCAAUGACUACUCAUUCUCGCACUCCAUGCCUACAUCAGGGAACCCUUACUCCACCAAAAACAAGAAUAAUGUUGUUGGGCAGAGAAAGCCCCUGACUGGGGCUGCUCCACAUCUGCUGAAAGGGAGAGGGUUGAACUACAACCUCGAUGUUGCCGAUAGACUUGCUGACGAACAUGUACUCAUUGGCCUCUAUGUGAACCUACUCCAAAACAACCCCAAAACAUGUUUGCUGGAGAGCAGUAACCAUCAAGAUGACGAGCACAGUCUCAUUGCUCGCUAUGCUGCUAGACUGGCUGCUGAUGCUGCGGCUCAACAGCAGAGGGUCCCCACAGACCUCCCCUGCUCUCUGGAUGCCAACAAACAGCAGAGACAGCUCAUUGCCGAGCUCGAGAGCAAAAACAGAGAAAUCCUCCAGGAAAUCCAGCGACUGCGCCUUCAGCAUGAGGAAGCUUCCCAGCCGCCACCAGACAGGGGCCAGCAAAACCCCACCCUGCUCGCUGAGCUACGACUCCUCAGGCAACGCAAAGAUGAGCUUGAGCAGCAUGUUACCUUAUACUUCAUGGGAGUCGUUCAGGCUUUCUUCUUACACAAAAAACUAAAUGUGUACAUCCUUUAGACUCAGGGUCCCGGCUCGCCGCGCUCUUCACCCAGCCACACCAUCAACCGGCCAAUUCCCACACCAAUCCACUCGGAUUCUGCCGGCACGACCCCGACUCACACACCUCAGGACUCACUCAUGGGCGUGGGGGGGGACGUUCAGGAGGCCUUUGCUCAGGGUCCAAGGAGAAAUCUGAGAAAUGACCUGCUCAUUGCUGCUGACUCCAUCACUAAUACAAUGUCAUCACUGGUUAAGGAGCUCAAUUCAGAGGGUGGAAGUGAAACGGAGAGCACUGUGGAUUCAGAUUUUGGACGUGAACUACUGGCCACAAACUCCUCAGAACCUUUCUACGCUUACAAACCAAGGUACCUUUAA